GAAAAGUGGAGAGAGACUGGGAUGCGUCUACUCGGUUGGAAUCGACUACCUUCCAACAAAAGACACGCACAGCUACUUUGAACACAAGAAAGUGUGUGUGUGCAGACUGAGGCGUAAAAAAAGAAACGGAGAGGAGCCGAACCGGGAUUUAUAAGCAACCGGCUAGUUCGGGGUAUCCUCGCCUCGUUCCCUUUAAAAGCUGCACCAAAGACUGAUCUCGAAAUUCGUUAUCUACUGUUCUUCAUUCUAACCUUCAUUUCGAGAAUGUACUAGGGUUGCAACUGAGUCCUGCGAGUCAAAUCAGCUCUGCAGCAAUUUACCCUGGCUACUGUUAUUCGCCGUUCAAAGAUUGCCGUCUCCGGGAACAUGCAGUAAAAGACAACCGUCAAAUGUGUUUCUGCGCGAGACAGUAACGGGGGGGAUCCCCAUUACCGUCAAUUUCUCUGAAUGAACCGUGUGGAUUAUAAUUCCGUGAUUUAAACUUCGGUCGGGAUGGGGAAGGAACAAGAACUACUCGAUGCCGCUCGGACGGGGAAUGUCGUUCUGGUGGGGAAAUUAUUAAGUGGGAGAAAGGGAAUACUGGGGACAGCCUCUGGUUCCAUACCUUUGCCCAACCUACUAAGCAUGUGGAAGGGCUUGAAUGUAAACUGCUCAGACAGCUCAGGAUACACACCCCUGCACCACGCCUCGCUCAACGGACACAGGGAUGUGGUGCUGAAGCUGCUCCAGUUUGAGGCCUCCACCAACGUGGCCGACAGCAAGGGCUGCUUCCCCCUCCACCUGGCUGCCUGGCGAGGGGACGUGGACAUCGUCCGCAUCCUCAUCCACCAUGGGCCCUCGCCCUGUCGCGUCAACCAACAGAACCAUGAGAGGGAGACGGCGCUCCACUGCGCGGCCCAGUACGGACACUCUGACGUUGUGUCGGUGCUGCUGCAGGAGCUGACCGACCCCACCAUGAGGAACAGCCGCCACGAGACCCCCCUGGACCUGGCUGCUCUGUAUGGGAGGCUGCAGGUGGUUUGCAUGCUGGUCAGCGCCCACCCCAACUUGAUGUCCUGCCACACGCGUCAACACACUCCCCUGCACCUGGCCGCACGCAAUGGCCACCAUGCCGCCGUGCAGACCCUGCUGGAGGCCGGCAUGGACGUCAACUGCCAGACGGACAAUGGCAGUGCCCUACACGAGGCAGCUCUCUUUGGGAAGAUGGAUGUAGUUCGGCUUCUACUCGACUCAGGGAUCGAUGCCAACAUCAGAGACGACCAAGGAAGAACUGCUCUGGAAAUACUGAGGGAACACCCUGCACAGAAGUCUCAGCAAAUCACAGCACUCAUACAAGAGUACAUCAUGGAGGAGGAGAUUGACAGCAGGUGUGUGCUGCGGGAGCCUAUUCGUCAGUGUCCCAUCCCCACGCCACGAACCUCCGUGCCCUCCCCUUCCGCCUCCCCUUCGCCGAGACACAAGAGCGAUGACGGCGAGCUCUCCAAGCUGCUGAGUGAGAUGAAGAAGUGCCGGGACUUCUCAUUCGAGGAGCUCUGCCACACCAUCUCCUCCCACUCCAUGGGCUUCAGCAGCGCAAGGCUCUCCGACGAGGAGCGCGGUGGCACUCUGGGACGCCGCGCCAAGCGGAACACGCCCCCUUUAGCCCCACCCAGGGAGGAAGAGGAGGUGGAGAAGAGCUGUGGCCCUGCGGGGUUCUGGGAAGCCCUCACCCCCUGCAACGGCUGUCGAAACCUGGGCUUCAGCGGCCAGUCAGAGGAGUCUAAGCACUCCGCCGAGAUCGUCUCCUCGCCGUCUCUGGACGUCUUCCUGCCAGAGGACGAGGACAACCCCUACGAGUCCGUCACCACCGCCGUCACUCGCAAGCCCAGCUCGUUGGACAUCACCCGCUUCAACGCCAGUCCACGCAACGGCCACUCACCCCAUGUGACUGUAACAGAGCCAGAGCUUGGUAACCAUGGCAACGGCUCCACGGGGCCCACACCAGACUGCUCGCCCCCCUCUCCUGACACAGCGCUGAAGAACAUCGAGAGAGUCAUCCGCCCACAGCCCAAACAGCGGACGUCUCUUUCCUCGUCCCAGGACGUCCAGAGGCCAGUCAACCACAGCUGCGAGCCCUCAGAGGUGAGCUCCUCCUUGGGCUACGCCAGCUUCAGCACUAGCCCCCCCGCCAGCCCCCCGCUCAGCCCCCCGCUCAGCCCCAACAACGACUCAGCGGGCUCCAACGACGACUGUCAACCACUCACAGACGACAGCCCGUACCAGAGGGACUCCCAGCCUGGGCCGGGUGACGAGCGCAGGCACAGCCGCGUGCCCGAGCAGUUCGCCGGCCUCCUCCACGGCUCAUCGCCAGCGUGCGAGAGCCCAGACACGCCCUACCACCUCUACAGCUCCAAACCCCGCAAGCAGCCGGGCGUGGCCGAGCCCCGCACCCACGGGAACUUCCUCCAGGCACCGGACUUCGGCGUCGCGGGCCUCCCCCCUCUCCAGGCGCCCCUCCCCCCCACCGUCAUCCCCCGCGCGGCCAGCGAGGCCCCCAAGAGUCCAAGAGAGGCAGCGGCGCCAGCCAAACCGCAGGUGGUCUACCGGACCAUCUUCCACACACGCGUGAACCAGAACCAGGGCGGUGCAGAGGCAGCUGGGGCGGGCCGAGGCUCCCUCUGCUCCUCCUCUUCCUCCCCAGCGUCGGCGGCAGCGGGGUCCUCCUAUGUGAGGAACGGGUUAGCGGCGGCGUCCCGAGCUGCGGGGGCUAGGGGGAGCCAGGCAGGGAGCGUAGCCAGGGACGGGGCAGUGGGGCCUGGGUACGAGGAGAGGGCUUGCACCCUGGGAAGGAUGAGGUCCAUUCCCCGCAGUGUGCUGGAUCUGCAGCUGUCCAAAUCCCUGUCCAAGUCUGACUCUAACCUGGUGGCUGUCUCACCCCCUCAGGAGGAGCACAGCUGGGGGUCUGGGGCCAGGGGCCAGGGUCCUGGAGGUAGUCCAAGCCCAGGAGACAGCACCAGCCCUGGGGCCAGACUGGAGAGAACCCCCUCCUUUACUGCUGAGUGGGAGGAGAUUGACAAGAUCAUGAGCUCCAUCGGGGCUGGGAUCGGCACAGGGCUGGACAUCAAGGAGGAUGCUUCAGGUCCCCGCUGUCCCAUGCAGUCUGUCGGCCAGUGGCUAGACAGUAUCGGCCUGGUCCAGUAUGAGAACCACCUGCUCGCCAAUGGCUUCGACAACGUGCAGUUUAUGGGCAGUAACGUGGUGGAGGACCAGGAUCUUCUGGAAAUCGGGAUCCUCAACUCGGCCCACAGACAGCGCCUCCUGCAGGCCAUACGCCUUCUGCCCAGGGUGCGUCCCGUGGGCUAUGACGGGAACAACCCCACGUCGGUAGCGGAGUGGCUGGAGUCCCUGGAACUGGGAGACUACACCAAGUCCUUCCUCAUCAACGGCUACACCUCCAUGGAGCUGGUCAAGAAGAUCUGGGAGAUUGAACUCAUCAACGUGUUAAAGAUCAGCCUGAUUGGACACAGGAAACGAAUCCUCGCAUCACUGGGCGACCGGUUACAAGACGACACCCCGCAGAAACCGCCACGGGCCAUCUCCCUAAGGGAGCCCGGUGGGAACCACACGCCGCCCCAGCUCUCCCCGUCCCUCAACCAGGCGGCGUACACGGCGGCAGGGAUCCCCGGGGGCUCGCUAGACGUGCAGCACCUCAUCAUGCAAGCGGACGCACGCCGGCGCCAGCGCAGCAACGACAACUACUUUGAGGACGUGCCGCGCUCCAAGCUGGAGCGGCAGAUGGCCCAAGUCAGCAUGCAAGGGGAGUGGUGCGAGCCAAUCACGUUGCGUCCGCCCAAUGAGGCGACCUCGUCCACUCCAGUGCAGUACUGGCAGCAUCACCCAGAAAAGCUCAUCUUCCAGUCGUGUGACUACGAAGCUUACUAUCUAGGCUCCAUGUUGGUGAAGGAACUGAGAGGGACGGAAUCAACACAGGACGCCUGUUCCAAGAUGAGGAAAUCAACAGAACAGAUGAAAAAGGUUCCAACCAUUGUCCUCUCUGUCUCCUACAAGGGGGUCAAGUUCAUCGAUGCCACAAACAAGAACAUCAUUGCAGAGCACGAGAUCCGCAACAUCUCGUGUGCUGCUCAGGACCCUGAAGACCUGUCCACAUUCGCCUACAUCACCAAAGACCUCAAGUCCAGCCACCAUUACUGCCACGUCUUCACCGCCUUCGACGUGAACCUGGCGUACGAGAUUAUCUUGACCCUGGGCCAGGCAUUUGAGGUGGCAUACCAGCUGGCCCUCCAGGCUAGGAAGAGUGGCCACGGCUCGUCCACGCUGCCAGAGAGCUUUGACAACAAGCCCAACAAGCCCAUCCCCAAGCCCCGUGCCAACGUCCGCAAGUCUAUGGAACAGCCGUCUAUGGACCAGAAGGGUCACGCCAAUGUGCCGUGGAUUGUGGAGCCAGGCCAGGAGGCCAAGCGUGGCGUCAACACCAAGGCAAUGCCGGAUGCUCAUGUCUAUUACUGUGGAAUGCAAAGAAUGUAGCCAGCCCUAAACAUGGACCCUAUCACACAUACAUUGCAAAAAGGACUACAAAAUAUGGACCCUGUUGCUCUCAGUGUCAAGGGAUGGACAUGGAUCUGGGGUGUUUAAGGUUGACUACAGAAUGAGGACAUUCAUCGUUCAUUUGUAAGGACACUACAAAAAAAAAUUGUCACAGGACUGUCUAUCCACACACACCUAAAUGACUGCCGACAUACACAAGUUGAUCUGCUCUGAAUGUACACUUUCACAAAAGCAGCCGCAACUUCGACAAGCCCACAGCCCUGGAUCAACAGCUCUCCAUACAGGGAGGCACGACCUCUGACCUAUCAAAGGAUGUUCCGCUCUCCUUGCAGAUACCGUGAGGACGAGCCUUUGUCCUCUCAAAGCAUCAUUGGGCAUGUCUGUAUUUGAAUGAGCAUGGAUUUAGAGGACUUCUGGUUUGCUCUUUUCUCCCUUGUUUCAUUUUGUUUAUGGUCAAUAAUACAAUACGGAUAUGCACAAAUACUAACGAAAUGUGAUUGGACCAGCCACGAUGGACUGCCAUGCAACGGCUGACAUCAGUUUGGGCCAGCAUAUUGGUUGGCCAUCCACUGUCGAAAAAAUACUGGUAUCUCCAGAUGUUUUAAUGUUUAAAAUGAGAGUAUUAUAUUGCCAUUCUUAUUAUUAUUAUUAUUAUUGUGCAAUUCUUGUCUACUGUUGUCUUAAUGUUACAUUAUUUUUAUAUAAUAUGCUGAGAUGAAAAACCUCAAGACUUGAGAAUGAUCAGUCCUUAAAUAAUUACAUUAAAAAAAUAGAAUUCUAUUUAGAGUGUGAAUGUUUCAGAUGGCUUGACUCAAGUCGCGUGUCAGGUUAACCCUCCAUUGUUUUUCAUGGGGCUCAACUAUAACUACAAGCAGAUGUAAUAUUUUAUUGCGGUAUUACUGUAUUAUUUGGAUAAAGCGUAGUCCAACUAUAUAAAUGUAAAUAGAUAUUUUGCCAACUCAUUGUUCAUACAUGUAAUGUAGUCAAAGGAAAAAAAUAAGGAAAAAAUAAAGAUUUGCAGUACAUCGCACUGGAAACAAGGUACCAAAAUAUUAAAGGUCAGAUUUGAAAAUAAAUUGUUAGAUUAUAAAGGUUGUAUGGGGGGGGGGGGGUAGGGGGUUACAUCACUGCUGACUAACUACAUGUACAUAGGCUUGGGCUUCCAGCACAAAGAUUUUUUGUAAUGGUCAUAAUUUAUAUCCUUGUAAAGCACAUGGAAUAAACACGACUUGUAAAACCA